AAUGCGACAAAUGAAUGUGACGUCAUAUUUAUGCGCACCAUGUAUCGCGUUUACUACUGAAAGCUUUUGCCGUAUGCAAUGUGUAAAUAAUGGUGUAAAAUGACAGAUAAUGAUUUGUGCUCAUUACAGGCAGAUCGUUCAGAGACGCAGGGCUCAGAUCUGACCACUGGGAGUCAAAUAGACGAGUCUGAAACUAUUUCUGCUUUACUUAGUCAGAAACAACGACGAGCUGCUCUUAAACGAGAGAGGAGGAGAAGAAAGCGCCAAGCCCUUGCUAAAUUAAGAGAAACAGAUCAAUCACAAAAUGAUGAGGACAAUGCUGGAGAUGAGGAAGAGGAGAAAGCUAAAGAGCAGAGGGAGCUAUUGCAGCAGGAAUGGAUGGAGAGAGAAAGAAUUGCACAGGAGGAAUUCAGGCUGAAAACAGAGAGAGAGGAGGCGGCACGAAUUAGAAAAGAGGAAGAAGAGAAGCGGAUCCGAGAGGAAUGGGAGGAGCAAGAGAGAAAAGAACAAGAGGAGCGAGAGCAGAAGGAACAGGAGAAGAAAGAUAGAGAGGAAGCUGUACAGAAAAUGCUGGAUCAAGCCGAGAUUCAGCUGGAAAAUGGUGGUCAAUGGAAAAACCCUGAUGCCCCAAAGGAUUAUGGAACUGAAAAGGACAAAGCAAACUGCCCUUUCUUCCUUAAAACGGGUGCUUGUAGAUUUGGGGAACGUUGCUCCCGAAAGCAUGAACACCCAUCAUCCAGCACCACUCUGAUGGUGAAGGGGAUGUUUGUGACAUUUGGCAUGGUGCAGAUUGGACGCGAUGACUAUGACACUGACGCCAGUCUGGAGUACAGUGAGGAGGAUGUGCACCAACAGUUCCUGGAUUUCUAUGAAGACGUUCUGCCAGAGUUCAAGAAUGCAGGGAAGGUGGUGCAGUUCAAGGUGAGCUGCAACUUCGAGCCUCAUUUGAGAGGAAACGUUUACGUUCAGUAUGACACAGAGGAACAAUGCAAAGAAGCUUUCAUGAUGUUUAAUGGCCGUUGGUAUGCUGGUAAACAACUGCAGUGUGAAUUCUCUCCAGUAACUAGAUGGAAAACGGCUAUAUGUGGACUAUACGACAGACGCAAAUGCCCAAAAGGGAAACAUUGCAACUUCCUCCACGUAUUCCGAAACCCAGGCAAUGAUUUCUGGGAGGCGGACCGCGAUCUUCACAUGUCCCCUGAACGUGGUGGCAGCUUUUCUAGUCGACACUUCGGAGGCAGAGAUGGAAUGUGGUCCCAACGAGGGAAUAGCCCUGACCGAUCUCAGCGCAGAAGGACAGAUCGAAGGAGCCGCAGUCGUGAGAGAAAUAGUUACAGGGGGAGGCGGAGUCGCAGCGGGGAGAGGCGGAGUCGCAGCGGGGAGAGGUGGAGCUCUAGCAGGGAGAGGCGGAGUCGCAGCAGAGGAAGAAAAAAUCGAAACAAGGAAAGGCGAAGUCGUAGUAGAACCAGAGAGAGAGGGCCGUCACAGCAAUCACUGAUAAAAGGACAGAGGUCUCAAAGAGAACAAUCCAGAAGAAGCAGGAGCCGAUCCCGAAGCAAAGACCAAGAAGAAAACUCGAGAAAAAAGAGGUCAAAAUCAGACAGCCCGGAGCAUGUUUCCAAAAACGGAUCUGUGAAAAAGAGUCGUCACAGCAGAAAAAGCAAAAGCCCAGAGGACUCUGACACGACAGAAAAAGCAUCACACCACCACAGGCACUCGAAAAAGAGUAAAAAGAAAAAGAGCAAAAAGAAACACAGAAAGAAGAAGAGUAAAUCACACAGCCCAAGCUCUUCUGCAGGCUCUAAUGAAGAAUCUGGAAAUGAGGGUUGUGAUGCGACUCCAAAAUCAGAAGUGUGCACAGAGGAGGCUCCUUUUGGAGAAGCAGCAAGUGCAUGUACACCAGACAAUACAGCAGAGAUUCAGGUUUUAGAGCGUUGUCAAGAAGAAGAGGAAAUCCGUGUAGUGCUUACAGAUUCGACUUCUGAGACCACCACAUAUUCUGAGGAUAGAUUAUGUAAAACAUAAACUGUUAAUGUUAUUGUUUUCAUAGAGCAGCUGUUUUUCUGAUAUUGCUGUAAUGGUAAUAUUGCUGGUGAAUGCAUUGUCCAUACUUUUGUAAUUAAAUGACUGUUUCUGAAGA